AUGUCGUGGCAUGCCAGCUACGACUCCUCGGCCUACGUCUACGUUGGUGGCCUCCACGAGAAAAUGACCGAGGGCGACGUCAUUACCAUCAUGUCGCAGUUUGGCGAGGUCAUCGACGCCCACCUCGUCCGCGACGACGAGACCGGCGCCUCAAAGUGCUUCGCCUUUGUCGCCUACGAGGACCAGCGCUCCACCGUGCUCGCCGUCGACAACUUUGCCGGCGUCAAGCUGCUUGGCAAGACGCUCAAGGUCGACCAUGCCAACUACCACCGCAAGGUUCCCGAGGGCGCCGACGAGUCGGCCCCGCCACCGGCGCUCGCCCAGCUCAUGGACGCCUGGCGUGCAAACGCAAAGCGACUCGGCGUCUCGCCGCCAGACCCCGACGCCCCUCCUCGCUCCUCCGACUCUGCGACGGACAUUGCCGCUGACGGCGAUGACGCCGCCCUCAAGGCUGCCCUCGAUCCCAUGGCCGGCCUCAUGGCCUCGUACGCUACGAACGACCCGCCCGCACCCGACGAGCCGCCCAAGUCAACCAGCGACACUCGCUCGCAUCGCUCGCAUCGCUCACACCGCUCACACCACUCCCGCCGCUCACACCGCUCACACCGCUCGCAUCGCUCACAUCGCUCACGCCACUCUCGUCACGCACAUCGCUCGCGCCGCUCGCGCUCACGCUCACGCUCACGCUCGCGCUCCGGCACAGCGCCAACCUCAUAGCCAUCCACAAAACUGUUCAAUGCUUCUACGCGCGGUUGACAAAGUCGACGCCCUUCUGGAUCUGGUCGCCGAGCGUGCCGAUCAUCUCGUCGUAGUUGGCCUGCUCGAACGCGGUCAUCGGGCCGAUCGGCUCAACAACCUCGGCGCCCGACGGGCCAAGCUGGACGCGCGACGAGAAGAACGGCGUGUCAGCCACGUUCGACUCGACAAAGGUGCACUCGCGGAUGCCCGAAACGCCCGACGCCGCAGCCAGGAGACGAUCGGUGAACCGAGCGCCGGCAACCGCCAUCGAGAGCGUCGCCGAGC